AUGGCUUUUCAGUUUCUCUGUAUUAUUUCCCUUCUCAUUUUCCUCUCUCUACCAUUUUCUUCGUUCUCUAAAACUGAGAAAUGCAAUCCACAUGACAAAGAAGUCCUUCUGAAAAUCAAAGAAUCCUUUAACAACCCUUACCAUUUAGCCUCAUGGGAUCCAAAAACAGAUUGUUGCCAAUGGUAUGUGGUCGAGUGUGACCGAGAAACCAGUCGGAUCAAUGAUUUCCACCUCUUCGCAGCCAAUGUCUCCGGACAAAUUCCGCCGGAAAUUGGAGACCUCCCUUAUCUUGAAUCAUUAACCUUCCAUAAAAUCACUAAUCUCACCGGAAAUAUACCUAUAUCCAUUCUCAAACUCACUAAGCUCAAGUCGCUUACUAUAAGCUGGACUAAUAUUUCUGGUCCUAUCCCUUCGUUUCUUAGCCAGCUUAAAAACUUGACACUUCUUGAUUUGUCUUUCAACAGUUUUUCUGGUUCAAUCCCUUCUUCACUUUCCCAACUCAGAAGCCUUGGUGGGAUUCGUUUAGAUCGGAACAAACUCACAGGAAGUAUACCAGAGUCAUUCGGGAAUUUGACACCGACUCUUCAGUAUCUUUAUCUCUCCCACAACCAGUUAACAGGGACAAUUCCGAGGAGUUGGGGUGAUUUGAACUUCACUUUAAUUGAGUUAUAUAGAAACAGGCUCCAAGGGGACGUAUCAUUCAUGUUUGGGAAGAACAAGACUAUUCAGAUUCUCGAUUUGAACAGGAACAUGUUGCAGUUUGAUAUCUCGAAUGUUGUGUUCCCAGACAGCUUGACAUUCUUGGACUUGAACCAUAAUAGGGUCACGGGGAGUCUUCCGCAAGGAUUAACUCAACUAAGUUUGCAGGGCUUCAAUGUGAGUUAUAAUAGACUCUGCGGUCCAAUUCCACGAGGUGGGAGGUUGCAAGAGUUCGAAUACACUGCAUAUUUCCAUAAUAGAUGCUUGUGUGGAGAACCAUUGCCAAAUUGCAAAUGA